AUGCCGUUUUACGCUGUAGCUAAAGGACGAACGUCAGGCAUAUUUAUGACAUGGCCCGAUUGUGAAGCUCAAGUGAAAGGCUUUCCGGGAGCAAGGUAUAAAAAGUUUGACACAGUGGUAGGAGCUCAAGAUUUUAUUAAUACAGAAGGAGGGAAUGGUAAGGGUUUUACAACUAAACAGGAAAUUAGAAAUACCAGUAAAUCCAGUACUAGCACAUCACAAAAUCUAAAAAGAUCGAUUUCAACAUCUAGUAGUAGUCAAAGAAAGAAUGUCAACAGCCAGUCUCAAAAGAAAUCCAAAGAUGAUCGGAACAAGGAUGCUAAGAGAGACAGUGAAAAUGAUGAUAAUUUUUCAGAUGAUUCUGAUGGCUUAAGUACUAUAAUAGCAAAACAAAUGGAUGAUAUAGAAAAAAGGUUAAAAUCUUUUGAGAAAGGAGUUGAUAAAAUAAUUAAAAAAGGUGCUAAGAAAACAAUUCUUAUUGAACCUCCGCAGAAUAAAAGACGGAAAACUAGCAGUGAGAAUGAUUUUGAAACUGAUGAUGAUGGCUUUGUACAGGUAUAUACUGAUGGUGCAUGUUCAGCAAAUGGUAAAACUGGAGCUCGAGCAGGUCUCGGAGUGUAUUGGGGUGAAGGUCAUCGCUUGAACAUCAGUGAGCCAGUAUGUGGUAGAGCAACUAAUAAUUGUGGAGAAAUCCAGGCCGCCACUAGAGCUAUAAAACAGUCAAUACAAAAUGGUAUCACCAAGCUGGCAAUCAAUACAGAUUCUAAAUUCCUAAUAAAUUCAGUUACUAAGUGGAUGCCAGGUUGGAAAAGAAAAGGAUGGAAAUUACAAUCAGGUGAACCUGUGAAAAAUGAAAUAGACUUUAAAGACUUAGACUCUGUACAGAAUAAGAUUCAAAUUAAGUGGAACUAUGUUGAGGCUCAUCGUGGCAUACAUGGCAAUGAGAUGGCUGACCAAUUGGCAAAAGCAGGUGCUACUAUGUACAAUAAUUAA